CCGUGACACUGCGUGACUGUCGGCGAAUUAGAAAACCGAAUGUCGAUGAUCGUGAACGUGUGAUGGUAGUACGACUACUUUUCAGGCAACGAGUUUGCGAAGGAACGUCCUCCUCCUGGACGCUGUUACGGUUCAUCAAAUAACCUUGCCUUAUUUUCGUUUCAUAUCGCUUUCGAUUAUAUCGAAGUUACAUUUUCAUUAUUCGUCAGGUUAUUUAUAUUGUUCUCAGCGAAGAAAAUCGUCUACCGAAAGUUUUUGGACGCUGUAACGGCGCUCCAUCACAAGCACACCUCGCCUUUACACCUAACUCUAGUUCCAUUUCCCCUUUCAUAUCGACUUCAGUUAUUGAAGAUCCCUUCGUUUAUUACAGUUGUAUUAAUAUCCGGCCAGAAAUUCGAAUCUAAAACUUGCCUCUAACGGUAAUGGACGAAGAAUUCCCUCCUUCCUCACCACCUACCGAAGACGGGACGACCAACUAUCUACUUCUCCUCGUCAGGCUAGUGUUAACUUUUUUCUUCAUUCCUCCUACGAAUGUCAUCGGCUGGGUCACGCUCGGAGUUACAGUGCGCAUCUACAACAGGCUGACCUGUCCUCACUGUCGCAGCAAAGUCAGCAUGAAGGGCAAGACGGUUAUCAUAACAGGAGCCAAUAAAGGAAUUGGGCUAGAAACAGCACGAGAUCUUGCACGCAGAGGAGCCAACGUCAUCCUCGCCUGCAGGAACGUUAUCAGUGGAAACAUGGCUCGCGACGACAUCCUCAGCACAGCUACAGGAAAGGUUGAGGUGCACGAAAUCGACGUCUCCUCCAUGGCCUCCGUCAGGAAGUUUGCUAAGAAUUUCCAGAAUAGAAAGGUAGACGUCCUGAUCAACAACGCAGGAGUGGCGGACAUCCCCCAAGAAAUCACAGACGAAGGGUUGGAACUGACCGUGGCUACUAAUCACCUCGGCCAUUUUCUGCUCACGCACCUCCUCAUGCCAAACCUGAAAGAAGCGUCUGGCCGGAUACUCCACCUAACCUCGAUCGGUCACACUUGGGUCAAGAACGUCAAGGAACUCGACCUCGAGAACGACAUGAAGUUCCAGUAUAACCGCCCGUUGAAGACACUGGAGAUCUAUGCAGCCACCAAACUCUUCAAUGUCCUGUUCUCCAACGAGCUUUGUCGGAAGCUGCAGGGAACCGGUGUGACAAGUAAUUCGGUCCAUCCAGGUGUGGUGGACACCGACAUCUUCAUCCCCAUGAACUCUCGUGUGUGGUACGGCUUCUUCAUUAAGCUCUUCGUGAGCGCGUACGCCAAGAGCCCAGCCGAAGGCGCCCAAACCACCAUCCACGUAGCCGUGUCAGAGGACCUCAAGGGCGUGUCUGGAAAGUACUUCCAGGAUUGCAAGGAGGCUACGCCCUCAGCUCUGGCCCUUGACGAAGGCCUGGCUAAGAAGGUCUGGGAGAUGAGCGAACGCCUGGUCCAGCUGCAGCCUCAGGAACGGACGAUCUGAGAGAGAGAGAGAGAGAGAGAGAGAGG